UCAUUGUAUGUUAGUUUUCCGUAGCGUACGUGUGUCAGUUGUGUGGUUGAAUUACGUUAUUAUAAAACUGUAAAUCGGGAUAAGAAAGUUCAGAUAGUUUCUUUUAUAACCUGUGGCACAUCGAUAUUAUAUUACGUUAUCUGUUUAGUCAUUGCCGUCUUCGUCGAUUGUGUUACUUUCAUUUUAAUUUACUAAAAAUAUUCACACUAAAUUACUUUUUUCCCCAUCAAUUAAAAUUAACUAUACUUUUAUUCUUUAAAACUUACAAUUUAUUUUCACCUGUUUAAGUAGUGUCUGUGAAUAAUUCUCAUAACAAGAGGUUAACCCGCUCUCUUGUCAAGUGUCAAGUGUGUAGAUGUUUUCAAGUUUUACUACUUUCAAGUUAUUUUAUUUAAAAUAUAAUAAAUAGAUAUCUAAAAGAAUACGCAAUGCCAAACUUUGGUUUAUAUCACAUAUGUGGUCUGGCGGUAAUUUGAUUUGUUUUAUCAGUGAACUACUGGUUAGCAAUACAGUGGCAAAAGUGAUUCAUUUGUUUCAAUUACAAUUUGAAUAAGUUUUGUUUUAAUAUCAGCUUCUAUUUCGUUUUUUAAUAAAAGUGCAAGAAAUCUGCAUCAAGUUUCAAGAUCUCAGGAAUAUUUUACGUUAUCGUGUCAGGUUUUGACUGCGGGAUGCUUAAACAGACCAUGAAGUUAUGGAUUUAAAUCAUGUCUAUAAGAAGUAGAACACAAUAGCCACCAGACCUAAAAAAAUAGAUUCUAUCUGUAAUGGAAGUGGGUUCAAGGUGGUGAGAUGAAGUGUUGCGGAGAGUCGGGGGUGCGCGGCGCGAGGGGCGCACGCGGCGGCGCAGCGUACUGCGCGCGAGUGGCGCGGCUGCGGCGUGCACUGCUGCUGCUGGCUGCCGCCGCCUGCACUGCAGCCGCGCUGCUUUACUGGCGCCAGCAAACCGACGGCAGCGAUACCCGCCCCUUGCACAACGUCUUCUCUGGUGCUGAGCCCGAAUGGACCUGGCUGUGUCGCAAUGAGCGGUGCGAGCGCCUGCCCGCGGCGGAGAUGUCCUCCCUUCAAUCGCUACCCACCUGCAAUAUGCUGUGCGCGUCUACACAGCUGUGGCCGCAGCCCACAGGGCCCGUCAGCCUGGCCACCGCAGCCGUGCCCGUCUCCGCGGCCGGCUUUGCGCUCGAGGUCAUCUCUGCUCCCUCGCAUGAUGUCACCGACCACCUCGAAGACGCCUUUAGUAUCUUCCGCGAGGACCUGCGGACCCUGGAGCGCCAGAUCGGCGACACCAAGCGCGGUGACAUCGGGCCCGCACACGAAGUUAUAGUGCGUGUCUCGGUCAACGGUAGCCAAGACGUCCGCAUGCGAAUCGACACCGACGAGAGCUACAAGCUGUCGCUCCGACCGGAAGGGUCGACGCUCGUGGCGCACAUCACGGCGCAUUCCUUCUGCGGCGCGCGCAACGGUUUCGAAACCCUCUCGCAGCUGAUCUGGCUCGACCCCUACGCGGGCUCCCUGCUCAUUCUAGAAGCGGCAACGGUCGACGACGCCCCCCGCUUCCGCUAUAGGGGGCUGCUGCUGGACACCGCUCGGAACUACUUCCCCGUAGGCGAGAUCAUGCGAACCAUCGACGCCAUGGCCGCCUGCAAGCUUAACACGUUCCACUGGCACGUCAGCGACUCGCAGUCGUUCCCUCUGAGGCUGAAAAGUGCGCCGCAGCUUGCGCAGCACGGCGCGUACGGGCCCGGCGCCGUAUACACCACGGAGGAGGUGCAGGCGGUGGUGCGGCGCGCCAGGCUGCGCGGCAUCCGAGUCCUGCUCGAGGUGGACGCGCCGGCGCACGUCGGCCGCGCCUGGGCCUGGGGCCCGCAGGCCGGGCUCGGCAACCUCGCGUUCUGCGUCGAAGUCGAGCCGUGGAGCGCGUACUGCGGCGAGCCGCCGUGCGGACAGCUCAACCCGCGCAAUCCUCACGUCUACGAAAUACUAGAGCGAAUAUACGCCGAGAUUAUCGAGCUGACCGGCGUCGAUGACAUAUUCCAUUUGGGCGGCGACGAAGUCUCCGAGCGCUGCUGGUCGCAGUACUUCAACGACACGGAUCCGAUGGAUCUCUGGAUGGAUUUCACUCGCCGCGCGAUGCGAGCGCUCGAGCGCGCGAACGGCGGCAAAGCGCCGGAGAUGACGCUGCUGUGGUCGUCGCGGCUGACGCGCUCGCCUUACCUGGAGCGCCUGGACCUAAAGAAGUACGGCAUCCAGGUGUGGGGCGCCUCGCGGUGGCCCGAGUCCCGCGCGGUGCUGGACGCCGGGUUCCGCUCGGUGAUAUCUCACGUGGACGCGUGGUACCUGGACUGCGGCUUCGGCUCGUGGCGCGACAGUUCCGACGGUCACUGCGGCCCGUACCGCUCCUGGCAGCAGAUCUACGAGCAUCGGCCCUGGGUGGAGGAGUCCAGCGGCGGGCCAGGUAUGGGGAUGACGGGCGAGAGCUGGCACAUCGAGGGCGGCGAGGCGUGCCAGUGGAGCGAGCAGCUGGCGGCGGGCGGACUGGACGCUCGCGUGUGGCCGCGCGCCGCCGCGCUGGCGGAGCGCCUAUGGUCGGACCGCGCGGAGGGCGCAGCUGCCGACGUCUACCUGCGGCUCGACACGCAGCGGGCGCGCCUGAGGGCCCGCGGCGUGCGCCCCGCACCGCUCUGGCCGCGCUGGUGCACACACAACCCCCACGCCUGCCUCUAGCGACCCAACACACCUCCACAACCUUCUCUCGUUAUUUCGUCUUAAUUAUACUUUUGUAGUAUGAAUUUAAUUUAGAUGAUGCAAAAACAAUCUGUGACGUUAUCUUCAAUUAAAUUAAUUCACAACGGAUACAUAGAAUGAAUGUCAUGCCAUCGUAUGUUGACAUCAUUAUGACACUGGAAUACUUCAAACUUAAAAACUAGUUCGUUUGGUUGUGACGAGUGUUACUUCAGGAAUAGUGAAAAAGCUUACUAAUCUGCGAUUAUUUUUUUCAUAUUAGACAAAAUUUAGGUUUAAAUAUUCAAUGUAUGUGAUAUAAAAAGGACGAAGAAACUCCAAUAAUAAAGCGAGCAAUAAAUGUUGAAUCUAAUGCAUACUGCAUUCAAAGUGACGAUUUACGACAUUAUUUUCGUAAAUACAAUUAAACAAAA